AUGAGGUGGCCGAUAUUUUCUAUGGCCUUACUGGCCGUUGCUGUGGCCCAGGACUCAUCUACUCAAUCCUCUACCUCUACCGAGUCGGCUAGGAACACCACAGGAUUCACUGUUGUGUCAAUCACAACUCCCGUCGCUAUUCCCUCAGGUACCUACCAAGACUACAGUACAACACUCACAUUAAGCGAUGGCGAUAAGUCGAUCGCUCCAUCGCCCACCCAUAGCAAUGGCACAAUGACUGCUUCCAACCAGACGGCAAUCACCACAACUUCCAACUCCUUAACUUUGUUAGUGGGCGGGGGAGGAACCACGGUGAUCGGAAACAGUAGUAUGAACGCGACUGCGACUGCAAGUACGACUAGUACAGCUACGCAGACCCCGAUCGUCAAUACACGGCCUUGCAACAACUACCCGGAGUUAUGUGUCAGAAAGUACUCCAAUAUUACCAUGGUCGCAGCGCACAACAGCCCGUUCGUGCGCCCGAACAACGUCGCCGCCAACCAGGCACUGGACGUGACAUCACAAUUGGACGAUGGAGUUCGCACGCUGCAAUUCCAAACUCACUACGAGAACGGUACAAUGUAUCUCUGCCACACGAGCUGCCAAUUGCUCGGCGUCGGCACUCUCGAAAAAUACCUGACGGACGUCAAUAAGUGGAUGCGAAAGAACCCAUACGACGUGGUGACUUUCAUCAUCGGCAACUUUGACUAUGUCUCUCCCGAAAACUUCACCACUCCGAUCUACAACUCCGGACUGAAGGACUUGAUCUAUACCCCUACCAAGGUCCCAAUGGCUCUGGACGACUGGCCCACGCUCUCAGAGAUGAUCCUCAGACAGAAGCGCGCAGUCUUCUUCAUGGACUACGAAGCCAACCAGACCGCACACCCCUGGCUGAUGGAUCAGUUCUCACAGGUGUGGGAGACGCCCUUCUCGCCCACCGACCCCACCUUCCCCUGCACACAGCAGCGCCCACCCGGUCUGUCCCCGCAAGCCGCCAGGAACCGCAUGUACAUGGCCAACCACAAUCUGAACCUGCAGUUGAACCUCGGGACUCUGAGCUUGUUGAUUCCCAACACUGCUGAGGUUAGCGAGACCAAUUCUGUGAACGGCAGUGGUAGUCUGGGUGCAAUGGCUGAGAACUGUACCGAAAUGUGGGGUCGUCCGCCUAACAUGCUUCUGGUCGAUUACUAUAACUACGGCGACUUCAACGGCUCGGUCUUCGAGGUCGCUGCUAAGAUGAACAAUGUCACCUAUAACCGUAAAUGCUGCGGCCAGGAAUCUGGCGCGCUGCCUGCGGUUUCUAUCGUCGGUAUGUCGACGGUGCUUUUGGUGGCAGUGGGAGUGCAGAUGGUGAUGUCUGCGUUCUGA